AGAGGAGGGGAAGAGGAAAGAAGAAAAGGUGGAACAAAAAGAGGAAAAGGGGAAGGAGGAAGAGGGAAAGAAAAAAGAAAAGGGAAAGAAUAAAGGAAAGAAAGAGGUGAAAGAGCAGCAAGUGAAGGCACCCAUCGCUGCUCCAGAGCCUGAGCUGAAAACAGAGCUGGAGAUUGAACAGGCCCCUGAUCAGCACUCAGUUAGCAGUGCAGAGACUCAGCCCGCUCAAGAGGAGCACAAGCAACAGUCCAAGAUAAAGAGGGAGUCUGUGGCAGAAGAGGGCCAAAAAGAGGACACUCAGAAAAAAGAGGGGGAAAAAGACCAAAAGGAGGAAGAAGUCAAAAAAGAGGAAAAGAAAACAGAGGAGGCAACAAAGGAGAAGCCUAAAAAAGAAAAGAAGACUGAGAAAAAAGCAGAAGAGGCUAAAGGCUCUAAAAAACAAAAAACCAUGCAGUGCACAGUCACCUUACUGGAUGACGCUCAGUUUGAGUGUGAACUUGAUAAACAUGCAAAAGGCCAAGAACUGUUUAUGCAGGUGUGUGACCACCUCAACCUGUUGGAGAAAGAUUACUUUGGCCUGGCCAACUGGGAAACCCCAACCAGCAAGACAUGGUUGGAUCCCUCCAAAGAGAUUCGGAAACAGGUUCCAGGCGCUGUCUAUGAGUUUACAUUCAAUGUGAAGUUCUACCCCCCUGAUCCAGCGCAGCUCACUGAAGACCUCACCAGGUACUAUCUGUGUCUGCAGCUGAGGAAGGACAUCAUUCGUGGCACCCUGCCCUGUUCCUUUGUCACACUGUCCCUGCUGGGCUCCUACACUGCCCAGUCAGAGCUGGGUGAGUACGACCCAGAGAUCCAUGGAACGGACUAUGUCAAGGAGCUGAACCUUGCCACUGGGCAGACUCAAGAGCUUGAAGAAAAGGUGAUGGAGCUGCAUCGCACAUACAGGUCAAUGAGUCCAGCCCAAGCAGAUAUGUUGUUUCUGGAAAAUGCCAAGAAACUUGCCAUGUAUGGAGUGGACCUACAUCAAGCCAAGGAUCUGGAGGGAGUUGACAUUAUGUUGGGGGUUUGCUCUAGUGGUCUGAUGGUUUACAAGGACAAGCUGAGGAUCAACCGCUUCCCUUGGCCCAAAGUACUUAAGAUCUCUUACAAGCGCAGCAGCUUCUUCAUCAAGAUCCGACCAUCAGAGCAAGAGCAGUAUGAGAGUACAAUUGGCUUCAAACUGCCCAACUACAAAGCCUCUAAGAAGUUGUGGAAAGUUUGUGUUGAACACCAUACCUUCUUCAGGGUUUCAACAGUAGAGCCCCCCUCUUCACGUCGCUUCCUUGCCCUGGGCUCUAAGUUCCGGUACAGCGGGAGAACCCAGGCCCAGACCCGCCAGGCCAGCGCCGAGAUUGUCCGCCCAGCUCCUCGCUUCACACGCUCUGCCAGCAAGAGGCUGUCCCGUAACUUAGAUGGAGCUGGAGAUGAUACUCUCCAGUCCCUGCAAAAGCUCUCAGUCUCAAACAGGUCUGAGGUUGAUGAUUGGUUCAUGAUGCUGGAAUCUGACAAGCCGGAGCCUUUUCCAGAACUGUCAGCCAGUGGGGAGUCCUUACAGACAUUUAAACAGUCCUGGGAGGAGGGGCAGUCUAUUCAGACAUCAACAGCAACCUGGCAGGAAACUGAGACUGACCAGGCUGGCUCUUAUACCUUCACCCAGACUUUCAGUCAGUCACAGCAGGGACUGACAUCUGAUGAGCAACAGCAGGGGAGAACAGAGGAUGAGUGGUCUGUCCUGCUCCAUCGUAAUCCUUCUCUUCCCUUUGUGCCACCCUUUGAUAGUGUAAAAAAAACAGCUAAGCCCAGGUAUGCAAAAAAGAGCUCUGGAGCUAUGGACCGGUUAUUACAGCCAGUGCUCAAACAGCAAGAUGAUUGGUUCCAGCACUUCGACCGCACCCUCACCAUACCCUCACUUGAGUAUGUCAGCAGACCUUCAUUCUCUGUCCCAGUCCAGCCUGAGCCCCAGGAGACGGAUGAGCAAGGAACAGUUGUGGUAGAACAGAAAGAGACCACUGAGGAAGUCAUUAUGAAGCUACAGGAAACAGUGACCGUGGUAGACAGACUGAAAGAGGCAGAGGUUUUGGAAAAGAAGCUGAGGGAAGUGAGGUUUUUAGAGGAGAGGCUCCAGGAAGUGGACGAGCUGGCAGACAAAAUCCAGGAAGCAAUAGAAGAGGAAUUGGGGAAAGAGGAAGUAGAUAAACUGUGGCAGGAAGAAAGAGAGAAGGAGAAAGAAGUGAAACAUGUCAGAUUCAUAGCAAAGGAAAAAUCACUGAAGAAGGUUGAGACAAAGGAUGAAGGUGAAGUAGAUGAGUUGGAGGAGCAAAUAAAGGAGGUGUUUUUAAAGGGCUUGCUGCCUGAGGAGGAAGAAAGCAUGGUCCAGGAAAAGAGUGAGAAAGAGGUGAUAGAUGAGAAUCUGAAAGAUGAUGGGUUAAGAGAGAGGCUACGCCAGAUAGAAAGGGAAUGGCAAGAAGAGAUCGAGGAGAAGUUAAAGUCUGAAUCUGAAGAUGCCACCACCACCACCACAACCAUCAUCUCUGUAGUGCCAGUCCAAAGGGUGGAGAGAAGAACUAAAAAGAGAGUGACCAUUGUAGAAGAAAGAUGGCAGCAACAGAGGGAUACAGAAGAGGAGCAGUUACCGCCUAUUCUGAUAUCAGGGGAGAGGUCAGAAAAAGAGGAGAUAUGGCGCGAGACAGAAUAUCUUGAGGAGAGAAUUGAGAGAGAAGUUGUAGAGGGGCGUCAGGCUGAGGGUCUUAAGGAUGUCUGGUUCAUACUUUUUGACCGCUCUCCAUAUGAGGCUGUUGUGAGACCAUCAGUUACCAUGAUGGAGCGUGCUCAGGUGGAGUUAAAAGAACGUUUUACCUCAAAGACUGAAAUUACAACAGUUGAGGAGAAAAGAGACGUCAUUGUUGAGCAGACAGAAAUAAGGGAAGAGGAACCAACACCAGCCCCAGAAAUCCCACCAUCGCAGACCUUCAGAGAAAUAGAGGAUGACUGGUUUGUGUUGCUGGAUGUUGUUCCCAGGGAAAUGGCUUAUGUGCCACCAGUGCUCUUAAAAGAAGGUGACCAGAUGGAUACAGAACGUGUCACCUCUGAGGCAGAUAUUACAGCGGAGAGAGAGGAGAGAAGGGAAAUCAUAGUUGAAGAGCUCAAGACAAGAGCAGAGGAACCAAGACAGUUACAGGAGAUCACACGACAGCCAGUGCCAGAGAGAGAAGAUGAUUGGUUUGUGUUGUUGGAUGUUGUUCCCAGAGAAACAUCUUAUGUACCACCAGCUGCUGUUGUGGAGCAUGUUCAAGUAUCUCAAGAAGAGCGUGUCACUCUGGUCGAAAUAACAACAGUUGAACUGAGAGAAAAAAGAAUGGAGGUUGUAGUCGAAGACAUAGAAAUGAAACAAGAUCUAAGUCCCAAGCAAGAAAUGGUACCACCACCACCACCACCACCUGUGAGAGAGAGAGAUGAUGACUGGUUUGUGCUACUGGAUGUUCCCCCUAGAAUUUCAACAUUUGUACCACCAGUCACCAGGGAGGAAUAUGUUCAGGUUUAUCCAGAAGAAAGCGUUUCUGCUGUGGUUGAAGUGAAAACAGAGACCAGGCAGGAGGUCAUAGUUGAAGAGAUCAUGGUGCAGAAAGGGGAGGUCAAGAGGCAGAUUACUCCACAGCAGCAAAUAUCCCCACCAGUGACAGAAAGAGAUGAUGACUGGUUUGUGCUGCUGGAUGUUGUUCCCAGAGAAGUUUCCUAUUCACCCCCAGUUUCUCAAGCAGUACCGUUCCAAGUUUAUCCAGAUGUCCUCCAACCUGUAACUGAAGUGAAAAUCAUAGAGCAGAAACCGGCGCUUGUUGUGCUGGAGCAGAUUAGCCAGCAGCCUGCGCAGCCACUGCGUGAGAGAGAUGAUGACUGGUUUGCGCUGUUUGAUGCUGUACGUGAGGAGACCAUCAUAGUACCACCAGUUGUUCCUGUUAAAACUGUUGAGGAUGUGAGAAAGACCUUUGUGGCUGAAGUGACCACCACUGAGACUAGAGCAUGGAAGAGCAUGAUAAUUAGUGUGGACAGCAGGCAAGAAGAGACACGUCGAUCUGAAACUAAAAUGGUGCAAAUUGCACCAUUGUCAGAGAGAGAAGAUGAUUGGUUUGUCCUGUUUGACAUCAUCCGUGAAAAGCCUGUUGUCGUUCCACCAGUUGUUUCGGUUGAGCGUGUUCAAGAUGUGGUGGCAGUCCUCAAGCCAAAACAAGAAGUCCUUGUAGAAGUUGUGAGACAGCCUCAGGUGGUAGUGGAGAUAAAACCACCACAACCAAGAAAGGUGGAUGAUGACUGGUUUGUGCUCCUAGAUGUUCCAGCUAAAACACCAGUGGCUGUGGCUGAACCAUACCGUAUGUAUCCUGAGGUAAGGCCCCCUAAAGAGUUUGCAGCCAUAGAGGUGAGAGCACAGAAGAGAGUUACUAUAGUGGAGGAGAGGUGGCAACAGGAAAUGAUACUACAGCAGAGGCUACCUCAACAACUGAGAGAGGUGGAAGAUGAUUGGUUCAUCCUUCUUGAUGUGGCCCCUAAGAAAUCAGUUGCUGUCCGUGAGCGCGCCCCGUUCUACUCUGACAUAAGACGUGAGGUCAGAGUUCCAGCCACUGAGGCCAAAACCAAGAUUGUUAUUCCAGAGAGGAGACCACUGUUUGAGGAAAGGAUCCUGGAGGAGAGACGUCCGUUUACACGUAGAGAUGUCACAGAUGAUUGGUACAUUCUGCUAGAUGUUGACCUCAAGGAGUCAGUGGUGGGCAUGCAGAAGGGCACCCGUCCAGUCAGCGCUCCAGUCUUCUCCCAGGCUGCCCUGGCAGAGGCAGGUAUCCCUGUGGCCCUCGACCAACCCCAGACCUCCACUCCUAUAAAGACCAGCCGCAAGGAGGAAAGAAAGCUGGAGGUCACUGUGGAAACUGUGGAGCCCCCAAAAACCGAGACUGCGGCUGAGGUCAAGCCAGCAGUGGGGAGGGACCAGAGAGAAGUAGCCUCUACACUGGUACCCACCAUCAAUGGGCACAUUCAGCUUCAGUCUGAGGAGACGAGCACGGAGGCGGUGCGAAUGCGCAAGAAAAGAGCUAAGAAAAUUGAGGGUGACUCAAUUUAUAUCAGACAUAGCAUUUUAAUGUUGGAGGAGUUUGAUAAGCCUCAGGAGGACCUGCUCAGGCAUCAUGCCAGUAUCAGUGAGCUGAAGAGGAACUUCAUGGAAUCCGUCCCGGAGGCCAGGCCUAGCGAGUGGGAUAAGCGCCUGUCCACACAUUCUCCAUUCCGCACCCUGGGGAUCAACGGCCAGCCGCUGCCCAGUGCAGAUGGGCGUUUGGGCAUAAGCGCCGUAAGGGAUGGUUCAGAUACUGAGGCUGCGCAUGAGGAAACCAGCAGCAGUUUGGGCUUUUCAGACAUACCCAGUCCCGCUGUGAGCCGAAAAAGUGAGCCUGAUAGUGUUGAAGCCCACGAUGGCCCUGAUGUGGGAGAGUCAUGUGAUCAGGAAGAGAGUAUAGUUUCUGAGACCUCCUUGGUGCCCAUCGUAGAGGUGGAGAUGGCAAAAAUGCCUCCCUCCCAUCACCCCUGCAGUCUGGCUGUAGAUGAGACCCAGUUGAAGGAGGAGCAGGAGGAAGAAGCUUCAUAUCCCGGGUUGGAGUACUCUGGGACGAUAGUUGGAUCUUCCCCAGCCUCCUAUUUCAUGAGCGGUGGUCCCCAUGUCAUACGCUGCUUCCAGCCCCCUCUGGUGCAGACCCAGACAGUCACCAUCACAGCUAUCUCCAACUCCUUAUCCAGUGACAUCUCCACCACAGAAGUCCCUAUCGUCCCGACCAAGACCAUCACCUAUGAGUCUUCAAAGGCAACAGUUGAUGAGGCAGAUGGGACCAAGGAUGGCGCAACUCUGUCCAGCACCCGGACCUCUACCUCAGAAAGUACCAGUGGCACCACAGUCACCACCACUACCACUCACAUCUCCAAGGUAGUGAAAGGCGGAUCUUCAGAGACUCGCGUAGAGAAGAGAAUUGUCAUAACAGCUGACUCUGAAGCUGACCAAGACCAGGGUAAUGGCGGCGGUGCAUCAGCAAAGUAACUGAAUGACCACCUUCCUUUGCACCAGUGACCCCUCCCCCAUCCCUAAGUCAGAGUGCAGCACUCAGUAGGCCCUGGCCAACACACAGUGACCAGCUCUAUCUACCACGCACACAUACCCACAAAAUAUUUCAUCAGUCCACCUCUGCACCAAAAAUGGUGCUUGUUUAGAUCCUAGUCUUAGUAAUUUCUUUUUUGCAGCCUGGCUGCUCAUUGUAGGUAGAGAAGGGUUCCAUAAUACUCUUGAGUUUGAUGAAAUGCUUAUUUCUCAUCCCGGUAUUCAAAAAGCUUAGUUUUAUUGGUUAAAAAAAAAAAAAAAUCAGUUGAGUGAGUUCUGUUUCAUUUGCUUUUAAAUGCUUUUAUUUUCCUAGGUUGAUACUUUGAAAGUUAUUCAACAUUUUAAGGUUCCGUUAAUUUUAUACAAAUGCACUGUUUUCACUCUAGCUUAGACAAUUUUCAGCAUUUAUUCUCCCUCAGUGUUGGUAGGGGAACAUCAAAUUAAAUUUAAGGGAACUCCUUUUUUGUUUACUUGAUGUCUUUUUAAUUAAGGAGCAGACUUUUUGUUAAAUGAAAUGACAUACCUCACAUGGAUCUAUGUGAACAAAGAUUCUGUGCUCAAAUUUGGACAGUUGUUUGGCUUUGUUCACUGCUCAGGUAAAAGGAAACACAAAAUCCAAUAUUUUCUUCCCCAGUUAGCCAACCACUAGUAGCUUACAUAUUAUUGUAAAUUUUGAAUUGAAAAUCGAUCUAUUUUGAAAUGUUUCUCUAUUUUAUAGAAUUAAUGCUUUUAUAGUAUUUGUAUAAAUUGAGGUUUUUAAGUUAUUCAUAUCCAUCUACACAUUGAAUGGUAGGUUACCAUUUUGUUUACUCUGAAUUUUGAGGUCCCUGUCAAAGACCUUACCUGUCUUGCCUGACACCCUUAAUCCAUUGUCUUAUUCGUUUCCUCUCAUGUUCCACCAGAAUACAUCAAACUUUUCAGAAUUUAUAAAUGACAAAGGAGUGCUUCCCUCUGCCCUACUUUUUGUUGAUAGCAUUGCGUUCGUAACUGACUUGAUUAUACUUGGUUGAUAUAAAAAGUUUAACAAGCUUUGGUCUGUUAUCUCAGGUUUUGAUAUUCUUUGUAAGACUACAGACCUCAAUGAUUGUAUGGGGAAUGUCCAAAAAUGUAUAUCCAGCCCUACCUUAAAUGUACAUUUUUACUCAGCCAAUGAGGUCAAUAAAUAUGAAGCUUGACUGUCACAGUAACUAUGCGUGUAAGAGGUGAAGGCAGCUGUCCCAGUGUAUGUGGCUUUUCUCUCAUAGGGGCACAAUUUUUGUCUUUUUUACAUGUUCUACUAUACAGUAAUUUAUUUGUAAAGUAGGAACUGUUUAAUGUGAUUUGUUGUACUGUGAUGUUUCAACAAAAGCCAGUUUCCGGGCUUCUACUACAGAUGUCACAAUGUUUAUUAUUGCAUUCAUUAUUAAACAAGUUUGUAAAGCCUUUGUACCACAUAGACGAAGUAGAUUGCUCUCACUUGCUGUACCUUGUAUUUUUUCCAUAGAACAAAAAAUGCUUAAAAUAUAUGAAAAACCUUUUAGAUAGUAUGUGUGAUAGCAGCCAUUUUUUAAUGAACUUGAAAAAGCAUUUGGUAUUGUAGCUACAUGAACAAGGACAACCCCCUUCAGAAGGAAAUAUGUAGAAUUUCACAUUAAGAAAAGUAGGGAUUUUAGACAUUGGAAAAUAUUGUUGCUUUCUUGUGACUUAUCCCUGUCUUUCUAUGAAAAAAUAAAAUAUGCAUUAUUUUGCAUUUCA